AUGCUGGUGACAGCUUUAGGCAUGAUCGAGAGGGACACCUUCAUCCCGAUCUUGGAUGCCUACCCAGAACAGAAGAACCGGAUGUUGGAGGCCAUGAAGCUGUACAAGAACCCCAACGCCGAAGACUCUGAGGAGGACUCGGCGGACGGCGGCGCGGGCGCGGAGGGGCCCCACCACGAGGACGAGGCCUCGUCGGACUGCAACUCCGAGAUGGACGAACCAGACAUAUCUGACAUCGACGCGGGCUUCACACGCUCGGCGACGAUGAGCUUCGUCCGGACGGCGGCAACGAUACCGUCAAAGGAGCGGCCCUCGGCCCGGUCGACGGCGGACGCGGACGCGAGCACCCGGCGCCCAUCGGACCACAGCCGGGUCAGCAGCGGGAGCAGGAUCAGUGGCCUCUUCUUCCCGCGCGUUGGGCUCCUCGGUGGUGGCGCGGGGCCUCACGACAAGGCCGGCUUCGGCAACGGCGUGCCUCGCCGCAGGUCUGAGUCCAUCCUGCAGGACUCCGCCCGGGGGCCGGCGGCCGGCGCCCGGCGCCAAUCGGAGUUUCCCAACUUGCAGCACAAGGUCACCUUCGGCCGCAGCGAGGCCAGCGCCCUCCAGCAGGCGCGGGCGCGCGCGGACUUCGAGGAGAUGCGCGAGUCUCUGCGCCAGGGCCGCGUGCGUAGCGUUAGCGUGGCCUCCUCGACCCUGUCGUCGGACGAGGUCCUCGAGGGCUUCCCGCUGCAGGCCGACGUCCCCCUGGUGCCCUCCCGCAACGGCCACGGCGCGCAGCUGCAGCUGCCCCCCGCGGCGCCGCCGCGCCGCAGCGCCCGCGACCCGAGCCCCGCGGCGCCCCUCGGCCGCGGGGCCUCGAAGCCGCGGAAGUCCCUCGCCCUGCUGGGCGCCCCGGCGCAGGGCAGGCUCGUGCGCCCCGCCGGCGUCGGGCUGCCGGCGGCCAGCAGGGCGCCCGAGGCCUCCGCCCUGGCGGGCGCCCUCGCGGAGGACGGCGGGAGGUUCUGCCAGCUGGCCGGCGCGCUCCUGGAGCGGAUGGAGGACCUGACCCAGCAGGUGCACGCCGUGCAGCUGUCCCUCGCGGAGCUCCGGGGCGGGCCGGCGGGCGCUGCCGGUGCCCAGGCAGAGCCGGCGCGGAGGCUCACCUGCCGCGGCUCGCGCCCGCGCGCGGAGGCGGACUGAGGGCGGCGCCGCCCCACACCCUCUCCGGCCGGGGUGCUGCCAAGAGGUGCCCCCGGCCCCGGGUGGCCCCCCCUGCCUCUUCCUCCUCCUCCUCCUCCUCCUCCUCCUUUUGGCCCUCUUCCCCCUCCUGGCCCCCCCCGCCCCACUCUGGGAGCAUCCGCGUGCAGGUUCCUCCGCCUUCGAUCCGCGGGGGCCGCAGCGCUGCUCCGUCCGCAGGGGGGGCGCCAGCCCUCCGCGAGCAGGCACGUGUGUGUGGGCCGAGGCGGCGCCGAGGAGCGGUGCGCACGCUCUCCGGGCCCUGUCGCGAGGAGCUGCCCCACAGUCGGCCCGGCUCAGUGGGUCGGCCCCGCCCACUCGAGGGUGCUCCUGUGGCCUCUGCAUCGUCCUUUUGGGGUACCUUCCUGCUCACCCUGCCCUGCGCCUGCUCAGUUCUCCACGAAUUCGCGUGCAGGGGCGCUCGCGAUCAAGUCGCCGCGCCGUGACGUGUCUAUACUGGCUCCGUGCCGCACCUCUCCGCCCGGGCUCUCGCUACCAAA